AUGGUGGUGUUUGUCGAUCUCGACCGCGAUGCCUUCCAGCACCGUGACUCAAUAGCCCCGGGGAAGCUCUUUUCACCCAAGUUGAUGGUCGCCCCUGUCGCGACCCCCGAGUCCGCCAAGGUUUCCCCUUCUUCUACCACCUCCGACGAGGGGCGCGAGACAAACCUGGACGAGCACAUCGUGAUUUCCAAUUCCGAUCAGACUACAGCCUCGCAAACGCUCAAUCGAACCGCUUUCUCGGCAGCGUUGAGUUGUUAUCCAAUAGUCAAAGCCAUUGCCCGCGCAAUUGACUUGAAUACUCUCCAUGCGCUCUCACGAGCAUGCCGCCAGUUUCACGCGAAUCUAGCACCAUUCCGCCAUCAACUCGUCCGCGAAACUCUCCGCUGCGAGAAUGAGUAUAUCGAAACCGUCUCAGAUAUGCUAGAUCGCGGAGCCGUUCUACCAAACAGUGUGAAGUCUGUCCUGCAGUUGCUGAGUCAGGGUUCAGGCGAACCUGGACGUAUGACUCGUGGGAAGGUUGGGAGAUGCGCACGCGACAUGGUCGGUGACUGUCGACGAUGCGCCAAGAUUGUAUGCAGGAAUUGCACUAUCAAGCCUCCCAACCAGACAGCGCUCAAGGGCCGAACUCGCCGCCUUUGUCGCACCUGCGGCAUUGCACCGCUCUCCUACCAUCUAUGCAGCACAUUUUCCGAUUCAACCACAUCAGUCUCAACAGAACAGGCCGUAAUACCGAGCAUACUGGCCAAUAAUGUCUGCACCUGCGACGAUGCAGUUUGGCUCUGCGUACAAUGCGGCCAGACCCUACGCAGCAGCGACACAACAUACCGGCGAGUCUGGGCCUGGCGCAGUCGAUACAGUACAGCCCUUGGCGGCGGACUAGGUACAGGGAUCGGUGAAGGCUGCCAAGGAGUAAAAUGCGGGCGUGGUGAAGCCUGCCUUGCUGCAAAGGAGAUCGAAGUCGAGGUCGAUUGCGAAGCGGACGAGGGAUUAAGUGAUUCCAGUAGUCCUGGUCACAGCCCCCUGGCGCACCAAUCACAUCACCACGAGAUGAUCUCCACAGAUAGCCACGAUGAAGAAGAGCCAGGAUAUUUCCGACAAGAGGUUAUUGGGUUGGGCGGAGUGGUUAAGCACAAGUCGAAGAAGAGAGUUUUGGUUGGGGCUUGUGUGAUUGAGUAUGAGGAUGAGCGGGAGACGGGCAAUUAUCUUUUUCGUGAAGAGAGUGGUUCGCACCGGGCUUGGUGUGGUUGGUGCUCGAGGGUGAUUCCGGCUAAAGCUGAGGUGUCGCGGAGCUGA